AUGGCUCCGACCGCGCGCCCCGAGAACCACAUCAACCUGGCCUACCUGCCCCAGCUGAGCGCCAACGCCCCGCACUCGGCCUCGUCCAGCGGCGCUGCCUCGCCCGUCGAGCCCCCGUCUGCCCGCUUUCCGCCCGCCUCGUCGACAGCUGCAGGCGCCCGCCUCGGCUCCGCAUCCCCGUCGCAUGAGUACAGCGGCCGCUUAUUUUCCAAACGUGCACGCGAGAUCCAAGCACAGGAAGGCCUGACUCCACAAAUGUGGGGUCCGCCCACCAGCGGCAACUCGACGCCGCUGCGUGAGACCAUCCCGGAGUCCCCCAGCGCGGACAGCUUCCCUGACUUCAACCAAGCCAUGCCCGAGCCCACGUCAGCCUCGCAGACAUCUACCCGCCGUGCCCGCGCCGGCACCCUGCCCUCACGCUUCUCUCCCUCCACAGCGCCUGGCGGCUUAAUGUCUAUGUCCUCGUCCUCCCUCCUGCCCAAGACCUCGCGUCCCACUCCCUCCACAAGCCCGUUCAAGCCCGCCCCCGGCACCCCCGCUGACAGCAGCAACGUCUUUGCCGCCCCGGGCUCCACCAACGCCGCUGCCAAGUCGGUGCUGCUCUCGCGCCUGCGUGCCGGCUCCAUGCCUCAACGCCCGGGCUACCUGCCCCCCGCCGUCUCGCCCUUUGGCAACUCCAUGUUCUCGGGCGGCUGGGCCAGCAGCCGCGACCGCAGCAGCACCCUGCAGAGCAUUGCCUCGCAGCCGUCCAACGGCCCGGGCUCGCCCCAGUCGCACUUCUCGCGAGACUCGCUCGCCGACACCGACGUCAGGACCCUCGACUACCUCGGUCUUGUAGACACCCCUCAGCCCGUCCGCGCUCAGCUGGCCCCGUCCGACAUCGAGCUGCUUCUCGAGAGCCAGCGGAACGCCACCGGCCAGAGCAUCAACAGUGCCAACCGCUUCCGCUCCUACUCGGUCAACGCAAAGGAGAAGUAUGCCGAGGAUGAGGACGAACUCGACCAGUUCGGCAACUACAGCGGUGCCAUGACGCCCGCCGAGGCGAAUGCCCUCCUGAUCCACGAGGCCGUUCGCCAGCACAACCUCGAGGUCCAGGCCUUCGCCAACUACGCCUCCAACGCCCGUCCUCGUGCCAGGACUGCUGGCGUCCUGGACGCACCCCAGCAGCGCCUGAUGCGGAGCUACAUGCCCACCCGUCUGGGCGCCUCCGAGUUGACCGAGGACGCAGAGUACAACCUGACUGAAGCUGUCAAGAACCUCCAUCUGCGCAAUGCACACGAGUCCAGCGCCAACCUCGGCGACGACGGCACGCUCGAAGGCCCGACCCGCUCUCUGUGGCUGGGCAACAUCCCAUCCUCCACGACCGUCUCCUCCCUGAACGUCAUCUUCAGCACGUUCGGAUCCAUCGAGUCGACUCGUGUCCUGACACACAAGAACUGUGGCUUCGUCAACUUCGAGAGCCUCGAGAGCGCUGUGCAGGCCAAGUCCCAGCUCAACGGCAAGGAGAUCUUCCCCGGCGCUGGACCCGUGCGCAUCGGCUACGCCAAGAUCCCCAGCGCGGCUGCUACUCCCGGCCACAACGGUGUCUUCCCCUCGCCCAGCCCUGAUCCGCUGGCCAAGACUCAGGCCGAGGGCAUUGGCGCUAUCAACACCACAAAGGCCAACCUUGCCAGCCUGACUACCGCCAACGCGCCUCUGGUCACCCCUGAGCUGACUGACAUCCGCGGCGACAUCUUCCAGAUCGUGAAAGAACUGGGUGCCUCGGACGAAGACCAGGGCAGGAUCAUCGCCCAGGUGGAGGCGGCCAUCCAGUACAACAGCUACGUUGAUGAGAUCCCUGCUGUCGAGGAGCCCAGCCACACUCGCGUCCACGAUGCACCCCGACUGCGUGAGAUCCGCAAGCGCAUCGACAACGGCUCUUGCUCUACAGAGGAGAUUGAGUCGAUCGCCCUGAACAUGCUCCCCGAGAUUGCUGAGCUCUCGUCCGACUACCUCGGCAACACGGUCGUCCAGAAGCUGUUCGAGCACUGCUCCGAGCACACCAAGGAGGCCAUGCUUCGCGAGAUCGCGCCCCACCUGGCCAAGAUUGGCAUCCAUAAGAAUGGAACGUGGGCUGCACAGAAGAUCAUCGACGUCUCCAAGACAAUGAACAUGCAGAAGCUGGUCGUGGAGGCUCUCCGGCCAUACGCAAUGGCUCUGUUCCUUGACCAGUUCGGCAACUACGUCAUGCAGGGCUGCCUGAAGUACCAGCACCUCAACAACUUCAUCUUCGAGGUGAUGCUCGGCCGUCUCUGGGAUCUUGCCCAGGGCCGCUUUGGAUCUCGCGCGAUGCGUGCGUGUUUGGAAAGCCACUUUGCGAGCAAGGACCAGCAGCGUACAGUGGCGGCCGCCAUUGCUCUCCACAGCGUCCAGCUCGCCACAAACGCGAACGGUGCGCUGCUGCUGACCUGGUUCCUCGACACCUGCACCUUCCCCAGGAGGCGCACUGUCCUGGCUCCUCGUCUUGUCCCGCACAUUGUCCAUCUGUGCACGCACAAGGUUGCUUACCUCACAGUGCUGAAGAUCAUCAACCAGCGCAACGAGCCCGAGGCGCGCGACAUCAUCCUGCAGGCGUUAUUCUUCUCGCCCAACGACCAGAUCCUCGAGGAGAUCCUGUCUGACCAGAACUGCGGUGCGACCUUGAUCUUCAAGGUGCUCACCACACCCUUCUUCGACGAGAAGAUCCGCGCCGAGGUCGUGCAGAACGUCCGCAACGUGCUUGUGCGCAUCAAGGCCCAGCCCCAGCAGGGCUACAAGCGCCUCAUGGACGAAGUGGGUCUUUCUACUCGUGGCGGACCUGGCAACCGCGAGUCGUCCACCACCCGAUCGGCGUCGCGGGACAGCUCGCAGAUUGAGCCCAGAGGAUUCUACGGCGCUCCCGCUCCCGGCUUCGACCCGGUCGCCCUGCAGCGCACCUCCAGCAUGGACUCGAACGGCUUCGACCAGUACGGCAUGGGCGGCGCCCCGAUGUACAUGCCCAACAUGCAAGCCAUGAACGGCCAGCAGCAGAUGCAGUACCAGCAGCUGCUCGCGCGCCAGGGCCAGUUCUAUCCCCAGAUGAACGGCUUCCAGCCCGGCAUGGACGCCUACCGCAACGCCUCCCCGGUGGCCGCUCCUGGCUUCUCUGGCUCGCCCAUGAUGCAGCCGGUCAACCUCGCUGGCCAGGGCAUGCCGCCGGGCAUGCCGCCAGGCAUGGGCGCGCCAAUGUACCCGUACGGAGGAAUGUACAUGCCUCAGCAGCAGCAGCAGCAGCAGGCUGCCGGCGGUGGCCAGCGACGCGGUCGGGUAAGCAGAAAUGCGUCCCCCGCGCCCGGCGCUAGACGCUAACCUCUCCAAGAGAUAGGCUCGCGCUGGAUAUAACGUCUCUCAAGAGGUCUAACGUCUCUCAAGAGAUCUAACAUCUCAAGAUGGGCUUGCGCUAGAUCUCGGCUGCGCAGCCUCAGCACCGCAUUAUUCUUGUCUAUUGUUCCUUCAUCUUCGAGCGAGCGGAUAAGCGGCAUAACAUCAUCAUCUUAUCAUCAUCUCAUCUCAUCUCAUCUCAUCCCCUUUGUAUACGACCCCCGCGUGUUGGAGAGAAGGGAGCUGGCCUGCCUUGUGUCUCUCUACCUCACGACGUGCAUGCUCUCUCUUCUCCGGCCCGCCA